UUGAAUGAAAUUGCUGCUGCUGCUAAUGCUUUUGCUGCUGUCCCCUGCUCCCUGCAAGAUACUGAAGACAAAAUGCCCAUUAAUUCAGCCGGGUAAUACAGUAGAAAGACUUAAUUAUUACAAGCCGGGAGACUAUGUGAUUGCCGGGGUCACAUCUACCACAAAUACUGCGUUUUUCCCAUCUGUUUUUUUCAAGCCUCCCUCUUUUGAUUUUAAGGCGACUGAAGGCAUGAAUUUCUGGCACCUCCUGCCCUUCGUGUUCACAAUCCAUGAGAUAAACCAGAAUCCUCAGAUGUUACCCAACAUCACUCUUGGCUACAACAUAUAUGAGAACUAUUUCAAUGCAAAAUUAACUUUUAAUGCCAUGGUAGACCUUCUGUCUAUAGGGCACAAGCAUGUUCCAAACUAUGUGUGUGGAAGAAAGAAUAUCCUAGUGGCUGUUUCUGAAGGCGCUGAGACUGAAAUCUCCAAUCAGAUGUCCAGCAUGUUGAGUCUCUACAAAAUCCCACAGGUCAGUUAUACUUUUCUUAGUGGUGCUCUAAAAGAUAAAACUCAGCUCCCAUUUUUAUAUCGGAUGGUCCCCAAACAAGAGCCCCCUUACCUGGGGAUUGUCAAGCUUCUCCUGCAUUUCAAAUGGACAUGGACUGGUCUCCUUGUUCCAGACAAUGACCAAGGAGAAAGGUUUGUGAGCACCUUCACCCCUGUGAUGCUCAGAAACAGUCUCUGUGUUGCCUUCUUAGAAAGAAUCCCGGUGUUGGAUAGGGUCAAACAGCACUUUGAUAAGAUGUCAUUGCUCGUGCAGAGACAGGCUAAUGUGAUUGUCUACCACAUGAACACUUAUGCUGCAUGGAUUUUAGCAGUACUGUUGAAAGUGGCUGAAAGGAUUGAGAAACAAAAAUUGGGGAAAGUUUGGAUCGCAACCAUUUUGGAGGAUCUCGGCAUGAAGUUGUUUUACAGAGUCGCUGAUAUCCAGCACAUCCACGGUUCGUUUUCCUUCUCAAUCCCAGCACAAAAAGAUACAAAAUGUGAUAAUUUUGAGUCAUUGUACAUUGCCAUCUUGGAGAGUUGGCACAAAGCAUUUCAUUGCUCAUAUUCAAAGUCUGUAAUUUCCAUAAGAGGUCACCUAAGAUGCACAGAAAAAGAAAUACUGGGGACUCUGCCUGAGAAUGUGGUGGAAAGCAUUCUGUCUCAAGACAACUACAGUAUUUACAACACUGUCUGGGCUUCGGCACGUGCCCUAAAUGCUGCACACUCAUCCAGAUUAAAUCGGAUCUUGAUGGCGGGUGCAGGCAAGCUGGAACAUCCUAUGGUUCAACCUUGGCAGUUCCACCCUUACCUGAGCAACUUCCAUUUUUACAAUAGUUCCAUAGAUGGAGUUUAUUUUGAUGAGAACAGCAACCUGGCAUCGGAUUUGGAUAUUAUGAAUGCUGUGGCAUUUCCCAAUCAAUCUAUUGCUAGAGUGAAAGUUGGAAGCAUAAAAAGACAGGCCUCCCCAGAGAUGAAGUUUACCAUUGACCAGAAUGUUAUUAUGUGGCCCAAGUGGUUUAACCAGACUUUACCUCAGUCUAGAUGUGUGGAAAACUGUCGCCCCGGAUACACCAAGGUGGUUAAGGAAGGAGAGCCCGUCUGCUGCUAUGACUGUGCUCCAUGCAAGGGAGGGACCAUCUCCACUCGGGAAGAUGCAGAGCAAUGCAACAAGUGUCCAGAAGAUCAGCAUCCAAACAAGAACCGAGAUCAAUGUGUCCCCAAGGCUAUAACAUUCCUAUCCUAUGAAGAGACUUUGGGAAUCAUCUUGGCUUUCUUUGCACUAUUCCUAUCAUUGACCACACUGCUCAUCUUAGGAAUCUUUAUUAAAUACCUAGAAACUCCAGUCGUCAAAGCCAACAACCGUGACCUCUCCUACAUGCUCCUGGUCUCCCUCCUGCUCUCCUAUUUGUCCUCCUUUCUGUUCAUUGGUCAGCCCCAGAAGGUGACCUGUCUCCUACGACAAACUGCUUUCAGCAUCAUCUUCUCAUUUGCCAUCUCUUCUGUGUUGGCCAAAACCAUCACUGUGGUGGUGGUAUUCAUGGCCACCAAGCCAGGGAGCAAAAUGAGGAAAUGGCUGGGGAAGAGUUUGGCCAACUCCAUUGUCUUCUCCUGUUCUGUUGUCCAAAUAUGUAUUUGUGCUAUCUGGUUGAGCAUCUCUCCCCCCUUCCCAGAGGCUGACAUGCAUUCCCAGCCUGGGCAGAUCACCCUGCAAUGCAACGAAGGAUCUGUCAUAAUGUUUUACAUUGCCCUUGGCUACAUGGGCUUCCUGGCGGCCCUCUCAUUCAUGGUGGCUUUCCUAGCCCGGAAGCUGCCUGGAUCCUUCAAUGAGGCCAAACUGAUCACCUUCAGCACGUUGGUCUUUUGCAGUGUGUGGGUGUCCUUUGUGCCCACCUACCUGAGCACCAAGGGGAAAUACAUGGUGGCUGUGCAGGUCUUCUCCACCUUGGCCUCCAGUCUGGGCUUACUGGGUUGCAUCUUCCUUCCUAAAUGCUACAUCAUUGUACUGAGGCCUGAUCUGAAUAUGAAAGAACAUCUGAUGGUGAAAACUAAACAUGGUGCCUGAUUCUUCAUCUAUUCUUUUUAAACUUGAAUCUUCUUUGUCCAGUGUGGCUUUAAUAGAAUCAAUGCACUUCCCACCCGCCUAGUGCUGUUACAACUAAUAUUUCUUCCUUUCACAUCCUUUAUGAAAUAAUCUUUUAAUCUUGUCAUGAGUGAGAAAUUGCAUGUAUAUUUGCAUGAGAAUGGCCAUAACACAUUUUGUUUUGAUUAUUUACAUGUCUCACUUCAUCAGAACCCCAUUCCAACCGGAGCCUGUGGAUGAAGUACUAUCAAAACUGGCUCUCUACCUUGUGCAGAAACUGCUAUUCCCUUUUACUGACCAAACACCCAUCCCUGGCUGGGUUGCAGAGACAUCAAUAAGUCAUGCCUCAGACCCUUCUAUCAGAUGAAGGAUGUUUGGAAUCUUUCAAGACUCUUAAGUUAUCCCCUCCGUGGUAAUCUCUCGACCAUUUGUUUGAUUUUAGAAACAUCUACUGGCCUGCUUAACUAUUAGUCAGCAAAAAGUAACAAAAUGAUUUUUUAAAAAAACAAAAAACUGCUGGAAGCAGAGCAGCUGGAUAUGCACCAGUGACAUUUUCUAGGUGGCUGCAAUUAGAUUGUUUAUAUAAUCUG